GUGCGAGAAGGUUCCCGAAGCCCUAGUGUACGAUUUCGCCUUUGCCCUGCAGGGCCGUACGCGCGGAUUUCUUCCGCAUCAGCUGUCGUUUUUGCAGUCUAUUGUCGUCGUUGGCGACCGGAAAAUCCUGCGGAACGCCGAUCUGCUGUGCGAUAUUUUGAGCAAACCCCGCUUCGACAAGGUCCUGCACUGCAUGUUCGAUGCCGAGGGGCGAAAGAAGCGACGUUCGAUGCUCCGCAAGUUUGAUUCGUUGGCCGAGCUGGCAAGGCCAGAGGCUUUCAGGAAAUGGAAUGGCGACGAUGCGGAGUUGAUGUACAGUAUCAAGAGUAUCGAGCUCUGCUCUCUCCUCUGUCUGGGUCAGGGCGAUCCUGGGGCGAGCUCCUUCAUCGUGAACAUGAUAUCGCCGGACCAGCUAACUUAUGGAGCAAAGUGAUUUUUUUCCAUCAUUUCGACACGUGAGUUUGAGUGGUCUUCACGACAAAGUUUGUUAGCCUUUUUGCACUACUAUACUGCAUUUUCUAAUUUCUCGUGCAGUACAUGGAGGUGCAUGAGACAGUGUACACAGUUAACACAACAGAUAGCGCAAAAGCUCCACAAGUCACCAGAGCUUCACAAGAUAUCGCGCGUGUGAUGCAAGGCGCCAUGCUUGACCUCCUGAAUUUCUGCUACUACGAGACAGACCUCAAGGACGAGCGGUUCUGGAACAGCGACUUCCAUAUUAUGGCGUUGGGCAUGUAUCUUUAUCAUUUACUAACAUGGAUUUGCGUUUGACGCCGCCCCGUCUCAAGGAUGCACUCUCUCUUCUAGUACUUAGACAAAUCGUAACCUAUUACUGACAUACUGAGCAUCAAGUUGGUACUGCCACUAUGUAUAAUAAUAAAUUUCUCAGCCUCACUAAGAUAACUAGGGUGACUGCUCCUAGUUCAUAGACUUCUCAGCGCUCCGUUGGCUGUGCUUCUUUUCUUUUUCUAUCGUCACAUGCUACGCGCAAACUGACCUAUUGCAUAAGGGGCAGACGCUCCACAAUAGGGAAGCCGGCGGGGCGGGGAUGCAGACGUUGCACGAGCAGAGUGCAGAUCAAAAGGCUUGGCAGGCCGCUUCUUCUACAUCUAACCCCCCGCGCGCUUUCUUCCGGAGUCUUUUCCGGUGGGGUAUCUUUUGGGGUUUCCCCCUCAUUUAAUUGAUACCGCCCAGCCGGUCCAGGUGUCGAUCGCUCAGAGAAGUAGUCGAUCCCCAGGCAGUUCUCUGGAGUGUAAAUGGUCUCACAAGAUUUCGCCGGCGCGUGUCUCUUGGAAAUUGGCAAAGCGCGCGGAUUAUAGGUCCGCCGUGCCGUAAGGCGACCCCAGGGAUUCCGAAAAGUAUAGCGGUCCCAGAACCUCCGAAGCGUGACAGACUGGCACAGGUGGUCCCCGAGCGCUGCCGCGGCCGGCCAGCCUUGUGGCGCAGCGCGGUCCCCGUUCCCCCCUGGCCGGGCUGUGUCUUAGGUUUUUGCUUUUUCUGUUGUCUUUCUUUUGCUUCUUUUGAUUGGUGGGGCUGGAGCGUGCCCCGCUCCUGCAGCCGCCACCGUGUGCGGGGGGGGGGUAGGUGUCUGCGUUCUAGAUGUAGUUCGCUGGUUUCCGUGCCCUAGCUCUCCCAGCCAGGCUGCCUACGUGCUACGCGCGAUGGUUAUCUUUAUUUCAUUUUCAUAGGCGUAAGUAGUCGCUGUUGCUUGCUCCUCUCCCUGAUGAUCGACCUAUCAAUGACGGAAGGUCAAGGUUUACAACACAAGCGAAACGACGGCCCGCUAGCUGUUAAUCUUUGAUAUCAACACCACGGAUGCAUGGCAAACUCUAAGUCUUUCUAUUUGCUGGAGCUGCUGACUUCCGAUGUGGACAAGAUUUUCAAUGUAUCCGCUCGUUCAAGGCCCAUCACGGAGGUUGAGGAGAUUUUCACCCAUAAGGUUUUCCGUGCCAUGAACAAUUACAUCGAAUUUGGGUUGACCACAACGGAUCGACGAGGCAGCACGAACCCGAUGAUGCGGGACUUCUGCACGCGUCUGGUAGGUUUGCUAAAAGGACUGCAGGGUAAGGAGGUUCCAAUCGACCAAACUGCGUUUGCUGUCGAGGUGAAGAGGCUCAUCGCGUGGAUUGAAAACCAAGAUUAAGGCAGAAACUUUUAUGAAAUUUCUUGAUGGUAUUAAUCAACUAGCUACAACUAUUCUGAUUGAAAGAAAACCGACUACACAGGCACAGUUGGCAACCACAAUAGAGUGGCCAGGACCAUUUUUCGAUGCACUUCCUCGUCUAAGUGACAGGCAAGACGCAGCUGCGUAUCCCGUCUGGUGGAGUGCUGACUCGCUCGCCGAGCAAAGACAGCCAAAGCAAUCGUGGGAAGCACUCACGAGACCGCUACGAGUGGUUUGUCCACGCACUGAAAGGGCUGGAGACCUUCGAAAAUGCUUCCAAGGAAGAAAGUGACAAGUUGAUCGCUAAGCUCGUGGCAAUCGAUCAACUAACAGACCCGACGGACGCUGAUUUUCAGACCGCCAAGCGCGUUUGUGCAGCGAACGGGCAGAAGCUGAAUGCUGACUACAGUUAUGGGUGAGAGAUGAAGAAGAAUUUGAAGAAUUAGUCUUGCAGGAGUCUUUUGCUUCUUGCAGGAUGAGCGCUCUUUCAUACUGGCUGGGUUGAGCAUUAUCCAUUGGGGAGCGCAAUUGUGGCACCCUCUUAUUCAAUUAACUCCUUCAUGUCUGUGGUUUUUGCGUGCCUUUUCUAAAAAACGCGUGUGAAGAUAAAGUUGGACGAUCUGGUGGAUCGCUUUGUUCGCCAUUGCAUGGACUGUAUGGGUGAGUUUGAGGCUCUGCCAACAAUCACGCGCGCGUACAGAUUGUUAAAUCUGAUCAUCUCGUUCUGCGAGGACAAACCUGGAAGUCCUUUUACGUUGCAAGAGUGUCAGACACUAUUCGCGAAAGCUGGUGUUGUACGUAUGGUGGUGGAAACUCUGAUGAUCAAGCCCGAUGCCGAAAUCGCACAGUUAGCCCUUAGCUUGGGCAUUGCUAUGCUGAAACCCAAUAACGAAGACGUGCAAAUCGCAUUUAUGGACGUCUUCUACACAACAGACGAUAGCGGUCUGUGGCAGGUUUUCUCAGAAAUCUACGAUGCAAUCAUGGUCAACCUAAGGCCAGUGCGAGCGCUGAAAGAGGUGCUAAUGGACUUAUUCUGUGAAUGUGUUAAGGUUGAGUAUGCCUGAGCCUGAGUCUGAAAGUGAGAAACAGAGUCGCGUAAACUCGUUGCGUAAUACUGGUUGAUAUAAUAUCCUCUCUCAGCUUCUUGGUACUGUCCAAUGAUGAUAAUACAGCAAACCCAGGUGCAGCGGACGUUCGAGCGACAGCGAGAGGAAAUACAGAAGGAAAGGCCGGACCUGGCCUCUGCGCUUGCGGCCGAAGACAUGGACUCGGCACUAACACCAGAAGAACAGGACUAUCUCAAAUUGUGGUCCGCAGCAGUGCAAAAUUGCUGCAAAUGCAUAGAGUUUCAACAAAAACUCUGCGAGGGUCACAAUCUUCUCAUGUUAUGGACGAAUAGGUGGUAGAUUAGAAAUGAGAUGUACAAAAUUAGCGUGAAUGCAGACCCUGUUUUAGCAUCAUAAUACUAGAUGUAAUGCGGCAGGGAUUAAUACCGUUUGACGACUGACAUUGACGUAAGUGAAGCAGAAGCUGAGCACGCCGAAGCGGAUUUGUUUUGCUUUGUCAACAGUUUUUUCAUGGUCUAAUCUCUCAGGACUACCUGUACCUGCAGCAAGACAACAGCGUAAGUGUGAAUUUUGUGGAAAGAACAGUGGAGCUUGUGAUUGCCCUGGUGAAGAAUCGAGAUGCAGCUGAUAAUCUCGAUGAAGAGGAGAUGGAUCUGCUUUCGGCAGGUGUAGAUCUCAUAAUCGAGGUCCUCCAGGGUCCAUGUGAACGCAACCAGCUCUACUGUUCAGUCGGCGGCCUAGUCGAACAGAUCAACAAGAUUCUGCGUUGGCCCUUCGCCAACCUCUGCGAACUAGAAGACGACGACCCCUACCCUUCAUCCGUGCGGGAACUCAAGCAGAAACUGUGCCUCUGUCUAAACUCCAUGUUGGAACUGCGGAAAGAUUCGGAAGUGCACAAAAACAUCUUGCAUCGUGUCGACGUUUCCACGAUGCAAGACCGCGUCAUCUUCGUGCAUCGCUACUUUCUGUCGCGUAUCCUGGGAGCAGGACACGCAGAGCUUGAGACACUCGAGGAGGCGGACAAGAGUUUGCGAAUCCCCAGCGAAUCGCCCGAGCUAUUGGUCGAAGAUUUCACAAACGACGUAUUACAGGAUUUCUUCGGCGAGGCCUGGGAGCUUCUGAUGGUUAUGAAUCAGCUUGCAGAGGUGGACGACGACUUCAAGAAGCAGAGUCGGCCAAACCGGCAUCUGGCAGAUCGGGAGUUCGGGCCCUUGGAUUUCGCCAAUGAAGCUGAGCGUACACGGGCCGAAGCGCAAAAAACCUACGCAAAGAAGUUCGUAUUGGGCUACGAUUUCUUCUCGCGGUGGCUUAAAUCUAUUGAGGUAGUAGUCGACGGUCGUAUCUAUGACGUCUGGUAUCGCAUGCCGGUGAUGUGUGACUUUGUGCUCGGCAGCGCGAAGCGGGACAUCGUGAACAACAUCUCUUUUAGCUCACCCGAAGAAAAAGCCCAGGGGUUCAUGGAGAUGAGCGAGUACAUCUUCGCGCAGACAGAACACACGAGAAACCUCAGCAAAUGGGUACUGAUUGUCAGCGUCGCUCUUCUCAGAAGAUAAUUUAAUCCAAAAUCCUCUUUUUUGUGAUGCUGCUAGUUUGACUAGUCACAAUUUUCUGUCUUUAUAUGCUUGCCAUAUCUAGAUUUGUUCCACCAUUCACUUUCAGGAAUGGCCUCAAUUCCGCGGCAACCACAUGGUGCCUUCGAGUUUGAAGCGUCCCUUCAACUUUUUCCUGAAGAACGACAGUCAGAACUUGAUGCGCAUCAGCGAGUACACCCUCUACGUCGCCGUCGUGCUCAAUAUGAUACUUGCGAACAACAUGUAUUUAGCCGAUGUGAACGAUGUGCAGGGUGACCUGAAGCAUCCCAUCUAUCCGAUCUUGCACCACGAUUCCUAUCCCGCUGUGAUGGCCAUCGCUUGGGUCUACUGGUUUUUCAUGCUGAUCACGUUCGUGAUCAGUGUCUGCCUCUAUUCUCCACUGGAUUUCCUGGUCAUGGAAAGCGAGACGCAGAUCCCGGCGAACUCGAGCUGGCUCACCUACGUGAAAUCCACAGGACCAUUAGAAACUACAGUUGCGCUUCUUUCCAUCUGCGGCUCUGCUUACGUUCUCUCCGUGAUGCACGAUUUUCACUGGUGCAUCGGGAUGGCUUCGGCUUUGCUGAUGUGCAUUUUAUGGGACGGGACGUGGACCAAGCCGGAAGGCCACAAGCGGAACCACCGAUGCCCCAACAACUACUGGGCACACCUGAUUCGAACAAUAGCGAAAGCUCUAGAGCGAAGACCGAUUUGGCGGCGGGCAGGGCUAACGAUUCUGUGCUGGCUCGGAAUAUUCGACGCAUGGUACUUUGCAGAUGAGCUCAUUGAUUCUUAGUUAUGUUCCACUUGGCCGAUCCCCCCGUUUGGAGGCGUCUGCCGGGAAUGGAAGACUUCCAAAGGGGUCCAAGGGGCCGCCUCCACUCUCUUCCAGCUGCCUGCAUGUACCCUACCGACUUCGUAGGUGCUGGCCUUUCGCCGCAGCAGCACGGCGCCGGGCGUGGAAGGCCUCCGAAGGCAGCAAAGAGCGCAAGGCUGGACCCCUUGCGCCGUGUGGCUUGUACGCUCCGGGCCCUUGGUCAUCGGCCUGCUGGCUCUUGCCGCGCCUUUGAUGAGGGCAACCCAGCCAAAGAGGCCAGGCCUCGAGAUCGUGGCCGCCUUCGGCGGCCUUCUACUCCGAAGACCUCCGGGGUGGGAAGGUCGGCAGAGGCCGGGACGUCAGUCGGGAACAUGCAAAGAGGCGCAAGGGGACGCCCGCUCCCAGUUUUGACGCCUUCCACCCGGAGAGUCCGCGAAAAGCAGCGCGGAAAAGAGCGCGCCAGGGCCAUCCGCAGGGGGGGGGGCGUGCGUCCCUGUGUCAUGAUUGACUUUGAUCUCGUUGUUGGAAAGGAACGACGCCAGAUUUUCUUGAUAUCCAGCCAUGCCUUAGUUCGCAGAAUAUUGAAAUUCAAAGAUCUUAUGCGCUGGCUACAGUCAUUCCCUCUUGAUGGUCUCCAUAACCAAGGUACUUCUUCUCCUUCCUGUUGCUGGACACAAUGUUUCAGUAUCCGAUGCUCGAGAACGUGCUAAAAGCGGUUAUGAUCCCUAUCAAGUCGCUUGGUCUUACCUUGCUUCUUGGUCUGAUCAUAAUGUAUACCUACGCCUUUGUGGGAUUCUACUACUUCCGACCUGAUUUUGAGGGUGCCUGCACCAACAUCGCGGACUGCACCAUCACAACGAUCUAUCAAGGCAUGCGGCAGGAUAUCGGAAGCGCAUUACAGGGCGUGUCACCAGCGGUGCCGAACUGGUACCAGCGCGUGUUCUACGACCUCACGUACUUCAUCAUCUUUACAACCGUGCUGAUGAAUGUUAUUUUCGGUAUCAUUUUGGACACCUUCGGGUCAUUGCGUGACGAGACGCAACAGCGUGAGGAGUACAUGAAAAAUGUGUCCUUCAUCAGUUGUCUGGACCGAUCAGAGAUCGACAAAGCGGCCAGCGUGGUCGAGAACCCGGAGAUUCGGUCCGGAUUCCGUUACAUCGAGGAUACCAAACAGAACAAGUGGAACUACUUGAACUACAUCUUCUACCUCUUCCGAAAGGACAAGGAAUCUUACUCGGGACCAGAGAGCUAUGUCGCACGGCUACUAAAAGACGGCGACAUUUCGUGGAUGCCUGUGAAACGCGCGCGACUGCUAGAACAGGCAGAGGAAAAGCGCGGCGCUGUGGAAUAACCUGCUGGGAAUAGCUCGGCGAAACGGGUAGAAAGUGGUUAGGACCAUCAUCAUGCAGAUGAAGCUGAUUAAUGCGGUGGUGAUUUCUGCAUGUGAUAAUGUUGAUCUUCAUUAAGGUGCCUCUUCGCUCAAUUGCGAAUUGAGGCGUGCUACGCUAGAAUUGGUAGAAAUCAAUGUAAUUUUUACCACAAUGAUGAAUCAGCAUAUCUACAACCUAUUACAUUCCAGAAAUUUAACUAGCUACUAACAUUUUUUGGAGCUAGGGCCUACAAUGCGAGUGGUCCUCCUUUACAGGAGUAGAGGCCAGAGACUCGUGACUACGAUAUGCUGCGUUGAAGUACCAAUGUGCGACACACUUACUCAAUACUUCUGUAACCUACGUUCAUAUGAUAGCUUCGUCGACGGAAGGAAUUUCUGAAAGGUAGUACCAUGGUUUGAUGAUUUCUUUAGGGCGGCUUCGAAUACUCAUCUGUCGUUUUGUCGAAUUUAGUUCUAGAUAUAUUUGUUGGUUGCGUGAUUCGCCAGCUCGGGGGAGUGCUUUGAGGACGAUUUUGCUGUCAGUCUCUUGUUUUUAAUCGAGAACACAUCCAUUUUCCUAUUUUUUUGAAUAUCUGAAAGCAGAGAGGGUGAUUUCAAAAUCUGUAACUACAUUGUCGAGGAAAUAGCAGCCGUCUAAAGCGAGCUGGAAUAAGCCUCUCAUUUAUCAGAACUGCAUUUAACUAGAAUUCUCAAUCAAGCAUCUGUGAAAAAU